UACUGGUUGCUGUUAACCGUUCACCGUGCUGUUAAAAGUGUGCAGAGGAGUGCUGCAACGGAUGUGGCAACGCUAAAGCCGAAUUGCACUGGCAACACUGCCGAUAUGUGCAAGUCGUAUAUACACAAAGGAAAAGAUUGAUAAAAAGAAAAAUAGAAAAAAGACUAAAAUUCAAAUGCAAAAAUCAUGAGAUUUAUUGCAAUCAACGACUGCUGAUUGAUGCAUAGAACGCCGCCGCCACCGUCGCCGCCACCACCGCCAAUCACCGCUGAGCACUGAGCACAAAAACCAUCACAUCACAUCACAACACACCACACACAAACACACUCACACACACACACCCAUACCCACUUGGAUCAAGGGAGGGGGGAAGACGAGCGCACACACCGCUAAACAAAAAUGCACGCCGCAUCGAUGACGUCGGUGGAAGUGCUGUUGAAUGAAUUCUACCAGCCAACGACGAGCAAUGCACGCAAACGUGAGAUUGAAACCAAUUUGCUGGCCUUCAAAUCGCAACCGGAGGCAUGGCAACUCUGUUUACGGGUUGCCACAGCGAGCAACAGUUUCACGGAGAAUCAAUUCCUUUGGUUCUUCAGCACCUCAACCCUGGAGCACACAAUCACCCGACGUUGGACGCAAUUGACGCCAGCGGAUCGCGCCCUGUUGCGGGAACAGUUGUGGCACAAUUAUGCCCAGCUAUCGGUGUUGAGCGGGGCGCGACGACAUCGCGACACAUUGGCACAGCUGAUCGCGUUGUUGGGGAAACGCGAGUUUCCCGAACUGGAUCCCAAUUAUAUGCAGCAUUGCAUGGAGCUAACAAAGACCCGAUUCGCCUUGGGCAUCAAUCUGUUGCGCGUCACAUCCGAGGAGGUGGUCAGCAAUCGUGGUGAUCUCAAUAGCGAAUGGAAGCAAUACUUUCAGCUGUGCAUUUCCAUGUGUUUACCCGAUGUUAUGGAUCUGGUCACCAAAUAUCUGUUAAUCGCCGUCUGUCAUAUCAAUGGCAAAGACAUUCAAACCACCAUACCGAGCACAUUCAUGGACUUCAGUCUAACCACAGCGCUGCCAAAUGACAAUCAAUUAAGUUCCUCUGUGCUGGAGCUGCUGAGCUGUGUGCAGCAUUUGGUCUCCUGGAUACGCACCGAUCUGAUCUCUGAGUAUUUCCUGAUGAGCAUACUCGACUUAUCGCAAUGGCGCCACGAUAAAGAGCCAAUCUCGCUGGCAGCGCUCUCGGUGCUGAAUGAGCUGUUGUAUUUGCAGAAACCGCUGCCGUAUGCGGGCACCUUGAUGAACGGCGUCAGUGGAUUGCUGGAGCAGCACAAUACGACAAAGCAGCAAAGUGAAAUGUAUAGCGAUAAGUUUCGUGAACUGUUGCGUCUCUAUACCACAAAAUAUGCGGGCAAAUUGCUGCAGGAGAAUGAAAUGCUUGAAUCAUUUCUCGAUCAACUCUAUCGCUGCACCAUCAAAUUGCACGGUGCUCUGGAUUUUACCGAGAAACUGGACAUUUGGACGCCUAUUAUAAAAGUGAUUGCACAGCAGCCCACAAGAAUGACCGCCUAUCAUGGCGAUGUCAUGAUGAAGCUGGUCGAUGAGAUUAUGCGACGCACACAGUUCGAGAUCAACAAACCGGAGCUGGAGCUGCUCGACAACGAACUGAUGGAGGAUGAUACACCCACAACGGAGUGGCAACAGUUCCUGGACCAAUGCUUCGAGUGCCUGGCACUGUUGGCGACCACGCGCGGUGCUCACAUUGUGUUUGCCCAAGUGUUUGCUCAUUGGUCGCGACCACAGACGUAUUUGCUAUCGCUGGAAUUGGCGCUGGAUCAUGGCAGUGGACGUUGCUAUGAGGCGGCGCGAAAGCUGAAGAUGGCCAAUGUUGGGGAAAUAUUGCGAGAUUUUGCGACCGUGUGUCAGGCUGUGGUCCGAUUGGCGCCUCUAAUGGAUACGGCGACGGCGCCAGCGGAUGUGGUGGAUGAAAUGGAAAGCCAGUUGCAAGUGCUCUCGGAUCGAUUGUUGCAAACGCUGCAGCUCCUGGCCAGCAAUCGUGUGGGCAGCCACGAUGCGGACAAGGCGAGCUUUCAGACUGAUUUGGAUAACCUUUACGCUCAAGUUUUAUUGGCCAUACGCAGCAUUUUUCCGCUGUCCAAGUCGCUGAACAGCGAACAGCUGCUGCAUCGACUCUUUGCCAUAUUGGGCAGCAUCUUUGCGUGCAACAAUUCGUUGUCGGCCGCCUCGCCGAUCGUUCAGCAGGCGGCCAGCGAGGUGCUGCUCUUCAUUGCGACUGUGAUACGACCCAAGUGUCUGCUCGACAUACCCGAGAUCCAAAGUCUAAUGCAGGCGGGGCCACGCCUCGGCGCCCAGCUGCCGCGACAAGUGUGCAUCAACGUUCACAUCAGUCUCGUCAGCUACAUGGUGCUGCCAUGGAAAUCGGUGCCGGAACCCCAGCAGGAUUAUCCUCGACGCCUCUGGAUGCUCCGUGAAUAUAUCGCUUCGUUGGCCAGGAAUUUCGUUGAACUCGAUUUGGCCGCAGCGGGCGAGAGCAAAGUGGCGGCGGCCACGCUCAAUUUGCUGGGCACAUUUACGGCGCUCAUCGAGUACUUUAAGGCGACGGGCGCCAGUGCCAAGGAUAUGCUGGCCACCACAUUUAAGCCCAUCUUGAACAAGGCGUUGAUCAUCUUCAACAGCUAUGGACUGAGCAGCAUUGCCAUGGCCAUCACGGUGGCCGAGUUCAGUUUAAGCAUGCUGCGCACUCUGCCGAUGCACUUGGGUGCGCAGUUCAUCAAGGAGAUGAUAACGCUCUUCAUCGAUGUGAGCAGCAGGGAACAAUUGACGCUGAGUCGACUGGCAGUGAUGGAGAAGGUGCUGCAAAUGUUUCAACUGAUUGUGGAGCAACCGGGAAGCGCAUCGUUGGCGCUGUUGCCCAACAUCCUGAGCUUUAGCACACAGCAAAUAUUGCCGCUGUUGCAGCAACAGAAUGCGGCCACCGAUAGCAGCGAAAUCACGAGUUUGCUCUAUGCGUUAUUCGACAGCGUGCUGACCUGCAAAUGGCAAUUCUUCUACAAGAAUCAAUUGAGCAAUGGCCAUGGCAAUGGCGUCGCCAAUUGCAGCGACAAUUUGCAUCCGGAGAACUUUAUGGCCAUAAUGAAUGCAUACGGCCAGAUGCUUGUGAGUGGCACCGAUCCCAGCAAUGUGCGCAGCGUCCUUUUAUCGAUGCAGAAUGUGAAUGAACGCAGUCGAUUGUAUCAGCGUGUCCUGUUCAAGGAGCAACUGUUGGCAUCGUUUCAGCGUGCGCUGCUCAAUCUAUUGCUAAGUGGCGAAGGUGCUUUGCACUUUGAUCUAAUCGCACAGGCCCUCUAUGCCAUGGGUCAAGUGGAUAGACGGCAACUGCACGAGAGCCUCCUCAAUGCCUCGCUGCCGGUGGCCCAAAGUGCACUCGAGGAUAUAUGCCAGACAACUGACAUUCCAACGUUUACGCAGAAACUUACACAGCUCAUGCAGGAUGCGCAGUGUGCGCAUCUGAAUGAAACCACGUAGGCUAAGGACGUUAUAUAGGACAUAUAUCACUCGGAACAAACAUCAACAACAACAACAACAACACUCUAACACUACACAACUACAAGACACCCUACAAAAUGGAACCAAACCACAAAUCGCGUGCUCACUCUUCUCUAUAUUUUAGUAUAUCUCUGUCUCUUUAUUUUGUGCUUCGCUCUCUUUUCUGUUUUUUUUUGAAUUGUAUAUAGUUGUGCUCUUUAUUUUUGCCUCCGUUUCCGUCUCUGUCUCCGUCUCUUUCGUGCUCAGUUUCUAUGUUUAGAUUUGUUGGCGUGUGUUCCGUUUUUUGUUAUGGGGCAAAAUGGUCCAUAUGAUGAUACAAAUGCGAUCUACAAAAACAAUUUAUAAAAGACAAUGUUUAGCUUGUAAUGCGAUUCCGUAAACACAAACCACAAGAGAAAAGAUAAAAGAAACCUACAUUAAUCUAGUAAUUAUGAUUACUAUAACUAUUCUUAAUUAUGAUUAUGCAUUAUUUAAUUACAUUAUUAAUCCAUACACACACACACACACACACGCAAUUCGAUAAAAGUCAUACUACAUAAACAUUUAAAAUACUUCGCAUAAAUUAUUGAAGCAUUUGAUGAUGACGACAUCAUCAAAACAAUUGACAACAACAGCAGCAGCACUUAAUUGCAUUCAUUUAAUUUAUUAUCGCAAACAAAGUUCAGAUUAGAUAUAUGCAUAUAUCGACACGUUUCGUUACAACAACAACAACAUCA